AUGUGGCGGUGGUUGCUUUUGGGUUUACUGGUGCAUUGGAACACUAUAACAUCGCAACCGAUCAACGAACAUGAACAGAAGCAACCAAACGAAUGCUGUCCUUGUCCCAAAGACCCCGUUACAUAUGUUUCGGAUCAGCGCUUUGUACCAAAUUUGUCUGAACAGCGCAACACGAAUGAUUUUGCUAAUAAUGAAGGCAAUUCAGAUAAAGACCAGGAUACUUUGGGAGACACGAGCGGCGUAUUUCCGAAGGCAAUUAGUAGCUUUGUGGAUGACUGCCCGUGCAGGGUUCGAGAUGCUGACUCCAUGGGAUCGUCAUCUGUAUUCUUUCCGUCAACAGACCGUGCUGUUCGGCCUGACGUGAGCUCCAGCGAUAAAAACGCAGAUGUCAAGCCACUUUUGCAUCCAGAAGUGGGUCUAGCUUCCUCCGUUUUAGAAACUCUUCGCCAGGCUACAGAUGAAGAAUAUGAAGACGCAUUGGUAAGAGAUGCUGCUAGGAGCGCUAUGCGAGCGAAUGAUGACGUUGAAAGUAAUAUUAAUUCAGCUUCAGAUACCGCUAAAAAUGUUGUAGCUUUUAUCAUAAAUCCAAAUGAUGAACAGGAUGGUGUUAUUCCCGAAGAAUCUCGCAAUCAUGAAUCUAGAUGCAUUCAUCCCCUUGGAAGAUCGAAAAUUAUGGUUAAGGAACCAAUAUUAAAACCUUCAAAUUUAUUAUCUGAAAUAUAUUAUGCACCUAAAAUUAAACCUUUAUUGCAUAGGAAUGUUUUAGAUAUGGAUAGUAGUGUAGGCGCUAGCAACGUAAACGAACAAAUAGUUACAAAUGCUAAAGAAAAAAAUUAUCCAAAAUUAAAAUCUAACCCUUCCCUGUUUAAUUUGUUUUCGGAUGACGCCGACAAAAAUAAUGCAGAUGCGUUAAAAGGAAAUAAUAAUAUUAUAACACAACCUAAUACUUUAACGUUAUUCAAUAAUGAUGUAGGUAAGCUAAAACCACAUCAUAUACUAAAACAAAUCAUAGGUCCUAACAAAUUUAAUAAAGACGUUACUGAAAAUAUUAAUACUGAUAAUCAGCCAAUAUCAAUUGCAGAACAAAUGAGUAACAGUGGUAUUAUAGAUCCAAAAUUAAAAAUAAAAUCCUUAUUACCAUUUCCUGGAUUAAGCUUUACUACAAUGAAACCAUUUUAUUUAAAGAAUCUACUGAAGUUGAAAGACGUGGAACUAAUUCCUCCAGUGAAGACUGUAAACAAGGAAGUUCAAAAUGCAGAAGAUGAUAUACCACAGUUUUCAUCUGUAUUAGAAGGUAAGAAUAGAAAAGAUUUUAAAUCUUCCAAUUUAAGUCGUAACGAAUUAAAACUAAAAGACGAACAAAAAUAUCUUGACAAUUAUGGAGACGAAAAAAGUCAUACCAACCAAUUCCCAAAUGUACAAAUAAUACCCAAUUCCAACCAUGACAUUAAAUUAACUGAUGCAGUAUCCAGUCCUUCGGAAACAAAAGUAACUUGGAAUGAGGACAACAUUAAAAGUGAGGAAAACUGUUCUAAAACUAUGCAGUAUAGUAAUACAAUAGAUACUGAAAAUACUCCACAAGUAAUAUUUUCUCAAAACCAUUUAAAUGAACCUGUCCAAAGUAUGAAAGGAACUCAUAUAUUAGAUGCAUUACCAAGUGCUUCAGAAAGCAAAGUGAUAGUUAAAAACAAUAAAGCUCCUAACAUUAACAAUUUUGAAUCACAAGUAACCGACAGUGAAGAAAGCGGUGUUACUAAUGUCUUAAGUAAUUUAUCAAAUGAAGACAUUAAUAGUUCUGAGAUAACAGAUCUAAACAAUAAUGAUAACGACGACGUAGAUAAUGUUAAAGAUAUGAUAGAAAUGCAGUCUAAUAAUAAAAGACAAAAUAAAGAAGAUUGUUUACAGACAGAAAAUAUGGAUAAUAUGCUACAUAAUGAAGAUAAUACUGACUCAAAUUUAGUAGUUGAACCUAAGGAGACAUAUGAUGACGAGAAAGGGAGUGUUGGUAGCAACGAAUUUGAUACUGAAGAAGGAAUAGAUACAUUGAAAUCAAAUCCACUUAGUAAAAUUGUUAAUGAUCUAUCAUCAUUAAAAGAAAGUAUUUCGAAAACGUUAGAAGACAUAAGAAAACCUAAAAGUGAUUAUAGCGUUACAGAUGAAUCAGAUAAUAUUAAAACAGCCGAUAAUAAUAAUAAUAAUGACAGCAAGGAAUAUCAUACAGUUAAAAAUGAUGAUGACAGCGAAUCAAUAGAAUUGAAAGAUAAGUCAAAUGAAUUUAUUAGAAUACCACAAACCACUGAUGAUAGUUCAAAUAACGUUAGUAGUCAAGAACUUCAGAAUAUGUCAGAUAACUUACUGGACUUAAGUACUAGACAGGAUAAGGAGACAUUGGCUUCACAAAUUUUAGAAUGUGACGAAGAUAUGCCUCAUAGUUACAUCGAGUCUACUGAAUUAGAGGAAUCCGUUAAUGGUUUUCCAAGUAAUUCAAAUGCAAAAAGUAUUCUAAUUAAAAAUAUCGAAACUACUACAGAAAUGCCAAACAGGGAUAUUACAGAUAUCACAAAUGUCAGAUCAAAUGAACUAACUAAAGAUGAAAUACAAAAUUCAUGCUCAGACAGUAAUAUUGCUAUUAAUGAAGGUAAAAAUAUCGAAAUGGUAGCGGAAGCUAGUGAUCCAGUUGGAAAUACUAUUCCAGCGGACGAUUCAAAAUCUAUUCACAACAUUUUUAGGUCUAAUUUACGCGAUUCUAAGUUAAAUAUUGGUGACAUUUUAAAUAUUAAUUUGCCGUCUCUUAAAAAUUUGAGAGGAAAAUCAGUCAUAUCUAACAUAUUUGAUAGACCUAAUAAUAAUGUAGAUACAUCUACGGCUGAGCAUAGUGAUGAUGACGAUGAUAGUGAUGAUGAGAGCUCAAUUAUGGCUACACAAGCAAGUACACCUUUCUCUAAAGUUUUAGCACCAUCGCUGAUACCUUUAGAAGAUAUCAACUUGGACGUUUUUCAAUUGAACCCAUUAUUAAUAGGUCAACAAAAUAUUAUUCCAAAAUUACCUAGAUUAAAUAUAAAUUCAUAUAAAGCAAAAUUACCUAUCCCCAAAACUCUGGGGAUUGCGCCUUUGAAACUGGAAUCGUCAAUAAAUAAUAAAAAUGGUAUAUUUGGAGCAACUUUGAGUAUGGGACCAAAUACCUCUUUAGGAAGAAUAGGUAAAGAUUCAACAAUAUUGGGAACAACUUUAAACAACUUACCCACGUUAGAAGAUUUACAUGAAACGGUAAAAGAAAAUGCACAUAAUCUAUUAAUUACACCUUUAGAAAUAACUAGUAGAAAUGCAUUCGAUGAUACAUUACGCUCUGGUCAAACAAUUUCAGAUAAUAUUAGAUCUCAUGCAAAAAAUACACUACGAGAUAUUCAGCAAACCUUUGAAACUACAUUAAAAGAUGUAAGAAACAGUGAUUUAGCUAAUAUCGGCGAUUCGUUAUCAAAUCCACAUGAAUUUCUGCAAGCAGUUUCUAGAACUCAUGAAGAUGUCAAUGAUAAACUAAAAGCAAUACAUUAUGAUUUUAAUGACCGUCUUGAGUCGAUUCGUGACCGUAUUAUUGAUCCGUCAUUAUUACCUUCUUUGAAUUUAUCUCCUUUGAGUCAAGGAAAUAAGAAACAUAGUCAACCGGCAAUUUUACGCAGUUAUAGUGAACGUAAACCAGUUCGUUAUACAGACGCCAGAAGUGAAGAAGAAUUAUGGAAAGAGAACCCAUUGUUGAAAAAAUCUAAUUCUAUAAAUAAAACAAAAUUUAAUUCGCCGAAAGUCACGCUACCUAAAAGUAAGUCGUUAAAAAUAACAGCCUCAGAUAUUCCAAAAUCAAAACUCUCAGAACGAUCAAAAUUAAAGGCAUCUGCGUCAGAACCUUCUCUUAUAAAUUACCCUUCAAUAAAAUCGCCACAAUUAUCUAUAAAUAAAAAUUCUAUUUCAAAUCUUUUAGCCGAGCCAAUAUCACGCUUUCGAGAUAGCAAAGUUCCCGUACUGAGUAAAUAUAAACCUAAAAGUAAAGUGAAAAUAUCAUUUUCGCCAACAACAAAAAGCUUACAAUCACCUUCCAGAAUUAAUAAGGAUUUUGAAAUAUCUAACUCUAAACUUAGUGCAACACCAAAAGUAUUAAAAGAGGUAAAUUUACCGACAUCACCUCGUGGAUCGCUUAGAAAUAGUCACCGUAUGCCAUCUAUUACAUCAAAAGCAAGAUCUAGAUUUGACUCUAAUGGAGCUGCUAGUGAAUUGACUACUUCAAGAUUGAAACCAACUUCAAGCACAUUUAAUAUAAAUAAAUCUUCUAUGGAGCAAAAUAAUUCUGAGAAUGAUGUAAGAAAAGACUUGAAAAAGACAUCUAAAAGUAAUGAUUUAGUUGGUACGCCCAAGUACACUUUAACGAAUCCGCUGUUUAAAAAUAGAUUUACUAAUGACAGAUUGCUUAAACGACCUGAGCUUAAAACUCCAAGACAAAAUGCAGAUUUGAUUGGAAAUAAAAACAGUAAAGUAAUAAGUACGGCCGUGUUAAAUAAACUGCCAAAGACUAAAAAAAACCAUAAACUGUUUACUUCAAGGGAAAACGAUGAUAGUUCAUCAGCUUCGAAUAUAUUGGAUAGUGUUAGUGAAAGACCUGAUUUUAUCCAACCGAAUUCAGAUAUGUUGAAAUCAGCAUCGAAAAACAAUGAUAUAUUGCAAUACCAAAGAGCACCGUUACAGGAGAAUACUUCAUACACUUGUAGAAUGAUGUGCACAAGAAACAACUAA